AUGCAAUUCUGGCAAUCUUUCCCGAUCGCGACGCUAUUCGCCGUCGCCGCCGCCGUGAACACCGUCAACAUGGUCUCUCAAGACAGCACAAACCGCCAAGUCAUCUUCACACCUCAAGAGGGCUCGCCCGAAAUCCCAUCCAUGGACCUCCCCGGUGGAGCCUCCAAAGUGACCACCUUCCCCAACGGAUGGAUAGGCAACUGGUACACCGUCACAGAGGGCAAGGAGAACAAGCCCGGCAUGCUCGGUGAAGUGCGCUGGGACGGUUUCACCGGCUCAAACUACUUCGAUGUCAGCGCCAUCGUCAACCCGGAUGACCACGACGGAGUGAAGAUGGUGUACCCGAAGAACAGCAAGACCCCGAUGAGCGGGUGUCAAACCUUCCCUUGCAGCAACGCAUACAACCUCCCAGACGACAUCCAGACGCUGUCCACACCGGAGACCGAGCUCGAGUGUCUGAUCGGGACCAAGGCCGGCGCCAAGCGCAGGCACGCGAGGCAUAUGCUUUACGUCUAA